AAUCGAAAGGAAUCAUGUUUGUAGUUGAAAACGUUUUCAUGGAAUUCGAACCGGCGUUCAACGAGUCGUCCUCAUCACUGUCGUCAUCUCGUAGUAGCUGCGGUCACUGGUACGUUCGUUACGGAGUCUGCAUCGCCUGUAAAUCGACGGUAAACGAACGUCAAGGCCGAGCAUUCAACUAUCUCCUCCAAGGUUUGCAGCUAAGCUACGAAGCAGCAGCGUUCACUAAGCGCUUUACAACGCGAUUCUAUCUUCAGAACGAGAAGAAGCUUCACCUUGUCCUUGACUUGGACCACACGCUUAUCCACUCUGUUAGGGUUUCACUUCUCUCCGAAACAGAUAAGCAUCUAGUCGAAGAAGCGGGUUCGAAGGAAGAUCUAUGGAGGUUGGACGCCGAAUUCUUGACGAAGCUACGGCCUUUCCUUCACGAGUUUUUGAAGGAAGCCAGCGAGAUGUUCACAAUGUAUGUUUAUACAAUGGGUAAUCGAACAUACGCCAAAUCCGUGUUGAAACUGAUUGAUCCCAAGAGAAUAUAUUUCGGGGAUAGAGUGAUAACAAGAGACGAGAGUCCUUAUGUUAAGACGCUUGAUUUGGUUUUAGCUGAGGAGCGUGGAGUGGUCAUUGUGGAUGAUACGCGUGAUGUUUGGACCCAUCACCAGAGUAACCUAGUGGAGAUUAACGAGUACCACUAUUUCGGAGUCAAUGACCCAGAAGAGUCAGAGUCUUACACUGAGGAGAAGAGAGACGAGAGUAAAAGCGAUGGUGAAUUAGCUAAAGUUCUGAAAUUACUCAAAGAUGUUCACUGUGGAUUCUUCAAAGUCAAGGAAGAUUUAGAGUCACAAGACGUCAGGUUUCUGCUACAAGAAAUAGAUUUCAGACUUCUCACAAACGACGUUUGAUUUUGGGUCUUGGCUGAUGUGCGCCGAGUGGUUAUUAUUGUGGAUCUUACGCGUGAGUUUUGGGUCCAUGACAAGUGUAACUUAGUGGAGAUUAGCAUGUACAAAUAUGUCUUUUUUUAAUGUAUGUAAUAACUUCAGCUUUUUAUGUUCUCUGUCAGAAACAGGGUAUGAUUUGUAUAGUUUCAUCUAUUGAUGUUUGGUUUCCCUAAUA